AUGUUUUCUCUCCUAGGGUCUGCCCGGCCCCCAGGGCCCCGUCGGGCUGCCGGGGGAGAAGGGCCCACCGGGAAAACCGGGAAUACAGGGUGUUGCUGGGGCCAACGGGCCCCUGGGUCACCCUGGCCGAGAAGGGCCAGCUGGAGAGAAGGGCCUCCAGGGCCCUGUGGGUGCCCCUGGUCCUGUCGGUUAUCCGGGACCCCGUGGGGUGAAGGGAGCUUUUGGCGUGCGGGGCCUGAAGGGCAGCAAAGGGGUGACCAGGGCCUGCUGGGCCCCCGCGGCGAGGACGGGCCCGAGGGGCUGAAGGGACAGACGGGUCCCGUGGGGGAAUGGGGUGCUCCCGGCCCCGCGGGCGAGAAGGGCAAGCUGGGGGUGCUGGGUCUCCCAGGUUAUCCCAGGCGCCAGGGUCCCAAGGGCAAGGCUGGGCAGGCUGGGCAGACGGGACAACGAGGGCCCCCG